AUCAUUUUUCGAACUGAGGCAGCGAGAGAGGAACAAAAAUGGCGGGAGAGGAGACGCUCAAGCAAAGCACAUCUCCGUGCCCGUAUUCUGCCGCUACUUCUCCUUCUCUUUCAGGGAAAGAGGAUGAUCCGAACCAAAAGUGCUGGAGGAAGCAAGCGGACGAGAAUCUCAAGAGGCUCCACUCUCUUCUCUUUGGGACCGAUCUUGCCAUUGAUAAACAAGAUUUUGAGUCGGCAUACAUCCUCGGGCUUCGCCUCAUCGGCUUUCUUGACUCUCAUUGCCAUUCCGAUGUCGAUGAAGCCUAUACACGUCCAAUUCGCCAGGAAGUCUUGAGGAAAAUCGGCACCGCUCGUCGAUCCCUCAUUCCAGACUCCGAUCGCCAAGCGUUUGAACAAGCAAAAAAGCCUCCAGGGUGUAUUUUUGGCAAAACAGGAGAUGUUGACAUUGGGAAAAUUAAGAAGUCGAAGUACUUCCAAGCUCUACUCAAGGAAUCCAAAGAAAAGGUGGAGAAUUGGUUGGGUGACCAUCUGGAGAAGCAAGACAAAGAAGGCAGCAAAAUACCAAAAGAAUUGUUGCAAACGAAGUUGACAUCAAUGCGUGGGAAAAGUACUUUGAGGGGAAGUAGUUCAAAAUUGAGUUUGAAACAUAACAGAUCUGAGGACUGCAUGAUUGUUGAAAAGCCUCUGUCACAUGGUGGCCACAGUAAGGGUCAUCUUGUCUCUUCCUUCUUGAAAACUGAAGGGGAAGAAAAAACUUCUGGAACUUUGGGAACAAAGCGUGUGCACAUGGAAACUAAUAGCCCCCAAGUUUGUAAUGUCAAGUCACCUUUAAGCAAUGGGGAAGCGAAGUCUGAUACUUGUGGCAGUGGGUUUGUUACUGCCAGAGCUAAAUUGGAAAUGGAAACAAGGCAGAGGCGGGAAGGGAUUGGUUCACCUACUGCAUCUGUCUCACAAUAUGAUAACAAUUCUUUGAAUCGGGUGUAUGGUGGGAGAUCAUAUGGUGUUUCACGACGUGGCCUCCGUGGUAAUUUUGUACCUCCUAUCAAAUCCAAUGGAACUGGCGAUGGAAAUAUUACAUCAAGAAUUGCAGGAAAAUGUGAUGAUACUUUAGAUGACUCCACAAAGAGAUGUUUGGAAGGGCUAUGUGGUCCUGACGGAGAGCUUCCUGAGAAAUUGAGGAAUAUAGAACCUCGCCUUAUUGAACAUGUUAGCAAUGAGAUUAUGGAUAGAGAUCCUAAUGUCCGGUGGGAUGACAUUGCGGGAUUGGAGCAUGCCAAGAAAUGUGUCACUGAGAUGGUCAUAUGGCCUCUGCUACGUCCUGAUAUAUUUAAGGGAUGCCGCUCUCCUGGGCGAGGUCUACUUUUAUUUGGUCCACCAGGAACUGGUAAAACGAUGAUAGGAAAAGCCAUUGCAGGUGAGGCAAAAGCAACCUUCUUUUACAUAUCGGCGAGUUCAUUGACAAGCAAGUGGAUUGGAGAAGGUGAAAAACUAGUGAGAGCCCUUUUUGGAGUUGCCAGUUGUCGCCAGCCAGCUGUAAUAUUUGUCGAUGAAAUAGAUUCUCUCCUAUCUCAGCGCAAGUCAGAGGGUGAACAUGAAUCAAGCAGAAGGCUAAAGACACAAUUUCUCAUUGAAAUGGAGGGUUUUGACAGUGGUAACGAGCAGGUUCUUCUUAUAGGGGCCACCAAUCGUCCUCAAGAGCUUGAUGAAGCGGCACGAAGGCGACUUACCAAAAGACUUUAUAUCCCCCUGCCAUCCUCAGAGGCAAGAGCCUGGAUUGUACGUAACCUCCUGGAGAAGGACGGACUUCUCAAGCUGUCAAAGGAAGAGAUUGAUACCAUAUGCAACAAAACGGAAGGAUAUUCGGGAUCAGACAUGAAAAAUUUAGUGAAGGAUGCUUCAAUGGGUCCCCUAAGAGAGGCUUUAAGGCAGGGCAUAGAAAUUACUAAGCUGAACAAGGAAGAUAUGCGGCCAGUAACCCUUCAGGACUUCAUAUAUGCCCUAAAAGAGGUGAGGCAAUCUGUUUCCUCAGAUGAACUUGGCGCUUACGACUUGUGGAACAAACAAUUUGGAAGCCUAUCAUCGGAUAAGGAGAGGCCCUAGUCAUAUGUAUGAACUCAGCGAAGAUAUUACCGACAGUAGCAACAUUAACGUCAGUUAGACAUAGACCCACUCUUCCCCUGAUACCUUACGCGUUUGGCAGCGGUACAUAUCCUAAUGUGUAGUUACUCUAGCAUUGGAAAAUUAAGGUCAUGUUUAACUCAUCAAACUCUUGGCAUGGGGUUUUGAAUAAGUUAAGCUACCUAUUGAAAGACUUGCAAAUGCCGAUGUUUGUUCCGUACAAUAAUUAUACGAUAUUUAAAUGAGCUGACGUUGGCGCA